CACAUAUGAAGUGAGCUAUAUCACCCAUAAUGCAACACGAACUUACUACUAGUUCUAUCUCGUAUGUUUCCGUUCUUUUAGUUGAACUGCAAAAUGGGUAUUAGCCGCGAUCAUUGGCAUAAACGGCGGGCCACCGGAGGUAAACGUAAACCACUUCGUAAGAAGAGGAAAUUCGAAUUAGGUCGCCCAGCCGCCAACACAAAACUUGGACCACAACGUAUUCAUCAUGUCCGAACACGUGGUGGUAACACAAAAUAUCGUGCACUUCGAUUAGACACAGGCAAUUUUGCAUGGGGUUCAGAAGGAUGUGCACGUAAAACACGUAUUAUUGAUGUCGUAUACAAUGCAAGUAACAAUGAAUUAGUUCGUACAAAAACAUUAGUCAAGAAUGCAAUUGUUGUUAUUGAUGCUACACCAUUCCGACAAUGGUAUGAAUCAUACUAUAUACUUCCAUUGGGCCGUAAACGUGGUGCAAAAUUGACAGAAACCGAAGAAGCUAUGUUUAAUAAGAAAUUAAGUAAAAAAAUAGCGAAGAAAUACGCAACCAGACAAAGGACGGCUAAAGUUGAACAAGCUAUUGAAGAACAAUUCUCAACUGGACGACUUUUAGCUUGUUUAGCAUCACGACCAGGACAAUGUGGCCGUGCUGAUGGUUAUGUUUUGGAGGGUAAAGAACUUGAAUUCUACAUGAGAAAGAUAAAAUCUAAGAAAGCUAAGUAAAGUUAAGAUUUGUAUAUGAAAUGUGGUGUAAAUAAAUUUUUACUCCAUUCACAA